AUGAUCGGCUUUGCCAUGCUACUGGGAUGCGAGUCUCCCGGUGCGCGCUAUGCUGGUGUUUUCCUCGGCGCGAUGGGUAUCUACCCAGCGAUUGCAAAUACCAUCUCCUGGUCCAGUAACAACAUCGAAGGUGUCUACAAGCGUGGUGUCUCCCUCGGCUUUAUUAUUGGAUGGGGUAACCUUAAUGGAAUCGUCUCGUCCAAUAUCUACCGCGACAAGGAUAAGCCCCGCUACUACCCGGGCCACGGUGUUGUCCUGGGCUACCUGGUCUUGUUCCUUUUUGGUGGUUCCGUUGUGCAGUAUCUUCUGCUGCGUCGCGAGAAUGGCAAGCGCCGUCGCGGAGAGCGUGAUCAGUGGGUCGAGGGAUUGGAUCACAGUCAGAUUGAGUUGCUGGGUGAUAAACGCCCCGAUUUCAUAUACACUCUGUGA